AUGGACACCCCGUGGUUGGGGGCUGUGGCUUUCUCAAUUGGUUGGUUGCUGCGUGAGUGGACUCUCCCUCAAAAGGGAGAUCAAGAAGUUUGCAAAUGUCAGUGCACUGUUGCUGCCCCCACCAACUUGGAGUCCAACUGGUCAUCUCCGCCGCUUUGGGUGGUGAUCUUUGUCGGUCUCAUCUUGGUGGCUUUUGGUAACACAGCGCUAACUCUUCGAUUCUCGUAUCAGGACACUAGUACGGGACUGGACAAGACUGUGUCUGUGGCAGUGAAAGGCAAAGCCAAAGUUUUUCACACCCGCCUGAUCGUAGAGCACAUUGAGCGGAUGGACUACUUGGUGGCCACACCAGACCUAGAUCUGUUUUUGGGUUUGUCCAACAGUGAUUUGGUCGACUGCAUCCCUGCAUUGCCUGGUGAUCUCGGUCUCAUGACAAUGGGCGUUGGAGGGGCGCAUGCGAAAACAGUGACCAUUAGGCUUCUGUUGGGCGAAGAUAGAUUCGUGGCGGAUGACGUGCGGACGCUGGAAGUCCGAUAUGGUGCCAGUGGUGAGAGAUUGAGGACCUUCAGGGAGUCCGUCAAGGAGAUCCAACAAGUUGAGUUCGCUGAUUUCCCAUUGAUGCCUCGCACUACGCUCGACUAUGCAAAGGCCAUCGCGGCGGUGAGUGAGAGCGCAGUGGCACAGCCUCAUAUGUGGGUAGGGGCUUCCCGUAUCCCUGAGGGGGACCGGAGCAUCUUUGAAGAUGAAUGCCUGGCCCGAGUGCUGGAUGCCGCAGUGACAUACGAUUGCCUGGACAUCACCAAUCUGACCAUUGCAUGGGGCAGCCGCGUAGAGCAGGAGGUGGUAUUGGCAGUGGCUGACUGCUGUGAGAUGUGCAAAAAGGCAGAGGCCGUUGGAGCAGCCGCGUUUUUCACGCGGGCCGGACUGCUAGUGGCAUCAGCGCGACGUUUGGAUGAGCUGCCGUUGAACCAAAGGUUGGCAAUCUCCGAUAUUUUACGUUGCGUGAAGAAGUUGGGCCAUCCUCCUUUGCAUGCUCAUUGCUCUGAAGCCUUUCAGGCGCUUCGAGCGGCCAGCUCUACUUAUGGCAACUUUGAGGCUGGCGUGGGUGACGUAGUGCCGAUGGAUUUGGCUCAGCUGUCUCUUCCUGAGGAACGGGUGGCUGGGGUAAAUCUCGUCAGUGCGCUCUCUGGGCCUCUGCAAGAGGUGGUCAUGAACUUUGAAGAUCAUAUGCUGCAGGACGCCGAUGUCUGUGCUGACAUCAAGGGCUGCUUCUAUGCAGUCCGAGUGGAAGAGGCACUGAGUGAUUAUUCUGCUUCAUGCAAGACAUCACCGGGCAUGAAGUUUAUUUGGCAACUAGGUUUUACAGUUCAUGAAGAAAAGUACGCAAACACUCACUUCAAGACCCUUGGUGGAGUAGUCGAUGAUGACUGCGGCGAGGUGCGUGCCACAGUGGAGCGGCUGUGGGCGUUGAUUCUCGCAUUGAGCACAUCGCCUAACACAAGGAUCCUAUUCAUGCCGUACCUGAAGGUGAUCGUUGGCAGAAAACAAACGCAGGGCCCCAAAGCAACUCCCUCAACUCGUGUCCUAUCCAAGAAGAAACAAGCUCCAGCUCACGGCGUUGGAGCGACUCGGGCUUUGAGCAGCAAGUCGUUGAAAGUGGCCAAGCUGGAGAAGACAGUUCAGAAACGAGCAGAGGGAGUGUUGGUGCAAGAGGACAAGGCGGAGAUUCCCAAGAAGAGGCGCUCUAUCCAGCGAUUGCCGUUGAAGGAGGAGGCCAAUAGCGAGGAACAACAAGCUGACUCUCCUGGAAGAGAGGAGUGCUUCCAGCGAAGUGCAGCACCAAUAUGGCCAACAUUUGAAGAGGUUCGAGAAUUUCUGCCGGGAGGAAAGGCAUCAAGCGAAGGAGAGAAGCUAGUGGCGGCAGUAGAGUACAAGUUCGCCAGCCUGCGUGGUAAGUUGGUUCACAGUCGUCGGGCCUUGAAGGGGUGGAGGAAGGAGAGGGUCAAGGAGUUGAAGUCCCUCGGACACAAACUCUUUCCAUUCGAUGCAGCCCAGUACAAGAUGUUUUUUGUGGAGGCAGGGGAGAUGUUGAACCUGGAUGCUCUUCACCCUUACCAGACACGGCAUGGGGGAGCAGCAGAAGACCUCAACGGCAAAGAGCGCGACCACGCCAAUGUCAAACAGCGUGGAUGGCCUGAAGUUUUUUCGAUGAGGUCGAUGCCUCCGAAGUUUUGCUUGGAGUUGUUUGCAGGUACAGCACGUGUCACCAAAUGCCUUCUCAAGAAAGGACGUGACAGCUCCGGAUGUUUUUGGACACUUCAAGCUCAGCCCUAUCCUUGGCUAUUUGCUGAAGUGGUGGCGGCUAAUGCGGCCAUUGCCUUGCAAGCGUUCAUGAGUGAACUGGCGGAUGAUAUCACACGUGAAAGUAGAGGGAAAGAAAAUCUCGGGGCAACGCAAUCAUCACAAUUCGAAGCCGUGCAGAAGAGCCCCAAAUACUCCACAGAUCCCAAUGCUGCAAGGAAUCAUCGAAUUGUGUGCGCCGUUGGAGCAAUUCCGCGAAAAGAUCCUGUUGUCUGCGUGACAGGAAAAGAAAUGCAAGACUGCAAGACAAUGCGAGACAUGCCAAACCCGGAUGCUGCGAGACUACAUCAUCCUUUGUGCAAUGACAGGUUUGAAAAGACCCGCGCAAUCACAUGGGUCACGGUGCACCCUCCAACAUGUGGCUGUCUCAAACUGCGCGGCUCGUCCUCUGGUUGGUGCUCAGUAGAGGAAGUAGAAGGCAACAGGUCCUAUGGGUGCGAUAGGUAA